CUGUGGAGCUCGCACCGCUGGCUCUCCCCUUUUCAGCCCUCACACACACUCACUCACACACACUGACACAUGGAGUACUACUGCACUCUGCUGCUCUGGACCUGCAGCCUGCUGCCAGGGGCCCUCCACAGCUUCAACAUCGACACCAAGAACCACAAAAUCAUCAAGGGCUCCAAGCAGGCGCAGUUUGGCUACACGGUGCAGCAGCACGUCGCGGGAGGGCAGAAAUGGUUACUGGUUGGUGCUCCAUUUGACACUAGUGGACCUCACCAGACAGGCGAUGUUUACAAGUGUCCACUGAGCAAAAGAUCUAAUGGCAGCUGCACCAAACUCAACCUAGGAAGGAUAUCUCUGACUAAUGUGUCUGAAAAGAAAGACAAGAUGAGGCUGGGAAUGACACUUGCAUCGAAUCCCAAAGACAACAGUUUUGUGGCCUGUGGUCCUCUCUGGGCUCAUGAGUGUGGGAGCUCCUACUACAGCACAGGAAUAUGCUCACGAGUCAACGCAAGCUUUAAGUUCUCUCGGGCCAUAGCCCCUGCCUUCCAAAGGUGCGACACAUACAUGGACAUUGUGAUUGUUCUGGAUGGAUCAAACUCCAUCUACCCCUGGUAUGAAGUCCAAGAUUUCCUCAUAAACAUUCUACAAAAAUUCUACAUUGGACCAGGACAGAUUCAGGUUGGGGUGGUGCAGUACGGUGAGAAGGUCGUCCAUGAGUUCAGCCUGAGCGACUAUCGCUCAGUCGAGGAUGUGGUGAGGGCUGCCCGACAGAUCCAGCAGCGUGGGGGUGAGGAGACCAACACUGCCCUGGGCAUCAACGAAGCACGAAAACAAGCAUUCAAGAAGGGCGGCCGGCGCGGGGCGAAGAAGGUGAUGAUUGUGAUCACAGAUGGAGAGUCUCAUGACAGCCCUGACUUGCAGCAGGUCAUUGAGGACAGCGAGAAGGAUGGCAUUACCCGCUACGCUAUUGCUGUCCUUGGUUACUACAAUCGUCGUGGAAUCAAUCCCGAGGCCUUCCUGAAUGAGAUUAAAUACAUAGCAAGUGACCCAGAUGAUAAGCACUUCUUCAACGUGACAGAUGAGGCUGCCCUGAAGGAUAUUGUGGAUGCCCUGGGAAACCGAAUCUUCAGCCUGGAGGGAACCAGUGAGAAUGGGACGACAUUUGCCCUCCAGAUGUCCCAGGCAGGCUUCUCCACACACGUGGUGGAGGAUGGAAUCUUGGUGGGGGCGCCGGGGGCCUACGACUGGAACGGGGCUGUUUUGAAGGAGAGCCGCCAGGGGAAAGUGAUCCCUCCGAAGUCCUCCUACUCCAGGGAGUUUCCAGAGGAGCUGAAAAACCACGGCGCUUACCUAGGUUACACAGUGACAUCAGUGGUGUCGGCCAAGAACGGACAGCUGUAUGUGGCCGGAGCUCCUCGGUUCAACCACACUGGCAAGGUCAUCGUGUUCACGCUGAGUAACGACGGAAACCUCACUAUCAUACACUCACUGAAGGGACAACAGAUCGGCUCCUACUACGGCAGUGAGAUCGCCCCGGUGGACAUUGAUGGAGAUGGUGUGACGGACAACCUGCUGGUGGCGGCUCCCAUGUUCUUCGGGGGUGGCUGGGAAAAGGGCAAAGUGUACAUCUACCGGGUGACGGAGCAGACUCGUUUUGUCCUGGAGGGGGCGCUAGAGGUCCAGGACCAGGGACAGAACGCCCGCUUCGGCUCGGCUCUGGCCCCCGUGCCCGACCUCAACGGUGACACCUUCAAUGAUGUGGUGAUCGGAGCCCCUCUGGAGGACAACCACCGGGGUGCCAUUUACGUCUUUUAUAGCCAACGCAACAGGAUUCUCCGCAAAUAUAAACAGAGGAUUGGUGCAGCACAACUGGCAAACGGCCUGCAGUACUUUGGACGUAGCAUCCACGGAAAGAUGGACGUCAAUGGAGAUGGGCUAGUGGAUUUAUCAGUUGGUUCUCUUGGGGCCGCAGUACUUCUGUGGUCCCGCAGUGUCGUCCGCAUCCAUAUUAUGGUGAGAUUUGAGCCCAGCAAAGUAAACAUAUUCAACAAGGACUGUCGAAGGGGUGGCAAGGACGUGACCUGUAUGUCAGCUAUAGUAUGUCUAAACGUCACAGCUCGCACCUCCACACGGCCAACACAGGAAGUCGCUCUGCAGUACAAUGUGUCCAUCGAGGAGAAGCGCUUUGCUCCCCGCGCAUUGCUGGACGAGCCCGAUCGACUGCAACCACGUAACAUCACCCUCCUGACUGGAGAGGAGACUUGUGAGCAUGUCUACUUCCAUGUCGUGGAGACGACUGAUUAUGCCCGACCAAUCGUGUUCAGCGUGGUGGUGGCUGUUCAGGACCCUCAUCAGGGACCGGCGCUGGACGAUGGCUGGCCCACCUCUCUCAGGGUCCAGCUGCCUUUCUGGAACGGCUGUGAUGAGGAUGACCGGUGUGUUCCUAGCCUGGUGCUGCAGAGCCACUCCGACCUGAUGACCCGGAGCCAGUUCUGUGGACAGGUGGUGCAUAGUCGUGGCACAGUGUGUGUAAAUCAGGAUGAUGUGUCACCAUCGGAGCGGAUCAUCGAGGCCUCUCGCAGAAGACUGGUGAUAGAUACCCGACUGGAGAACCGUGGGGAGAAUGCCUACGGAGCGCGCCUCAACAUCUCGUUCUCCCCUAACCUACGGUUUUCCAGUCUCAUAGUCAAGGAUAAUUCGGACAUCAAGAUAGAAUGCCGCAACGUGGAGAAGAACAAAUAUGGGAAAUCUUGCAAUGUCAGCUCCCCAUUCAUGAGAGCCAAGACCCAAGUGUCCUUCCGUCUGGAGUUUGAGUUUAAUCGUUCUAUGGUCUUGGACUAUCUGCGGGUAACCCUGAAUGCUAGCAGUGACGGACAGGAAGUAUACCUGCAUGACAAUGUCGUUGACCUCUUUUACCAGCUAAAAUACCAGGCUGACCUUCUGUUUACAAGGGACUCGGACCCUUCCCGUUAUGAAAUCAAAGCUGACCUGUCCUUGGAAAAGCCCGGAAGCUUAGGUCCUCCUUUUAACUUCACCUUUCAGAUUCAGAACUUAGGCUACUUCCCUGUGAGGGGCCUGCAGCUGAACAUUGACAUCCCUGAGGUGACAAAGAAUGGAAACCAGCUUCUGCAGAUAGCCAGCUUCCAGAUAGAUCAAAUCGACGGCACCCACUGCAUUCCACCGCAACAUGUGGCCCACAGCCGGGCCUCCCCUGAGGAUCUGUCUCGUGUAUCGCGUCUGAAUUACUCCAACACGUUAUCAGUGCCAGUACACUGCAGUGUCAACCUGCCACCCCAUAGAGAAGUUGGUGUCCGCAUCAGAGGGAUCCUACGCAUUGACUCCUUACACGCUCUGAAGUUCAAAACUUUGGAGUUGGUGACAACAGCCUCCAUCCAGAUCAGUCCCAGCAGCCCGAUGUUUUUGUUUGAGGAACAGCCACUCAGACAUAUAGUUUUGGAAAUCAGGAAAGAGGAGGAUUAUCGGAUCCCCAUCUGGAUUAUCAUAGGAAGUACCCUUGGGGGACUGUUACUACUGGCCCUGCUCAUCCUCGCUCUGUGGAAGCUGGGUUUCUUCCAGCGGCAGAAGCGGCGGGAGGAGGCCGAGCAGGAGGCCAAUGGGAAGGUGGCGGAGGAGCGGUAACACAGGCUGCAGCCGGGCGCGAGCAGACCCCACACUCAGGGACCGCCCCAGACUGACCGGUACCGAAGCCUCCACACACACACACCGAGGGGAGAGAGAGAGAGAGCAGACCUCUGAGCACUGGAUGAUCCGUCCGUCCAUCAACCACUGAACCACUGCACAGAUCCCAACACCGUCCUGCACUGCCGACUGAUUACACAGACGCACACAGACAGGCAACUGGGCUGCUCAUGCCGUUUGUUCCCUGUUUGAGGUGUGGUGAUGCCUCAGUCUUUUUGUAUUAUAGAAGGACCUGCAUUUCUGUUGGGAUACAGUAUCAUUCCUGGUCUCUGGUUUCUUCAUUCAUGACCUGUCCCUAAUGAAAACCUCACAGGUGCGGGUUGAAAUAACACCAGCGAUUCUCUGGUGCUCCCUCAGAACUCGUGGAGCUCCGGAACAGCAGGGGCUGGACUCACACACACACACACACACUCUCUCUUUUUUUCUGGUGCUUCCUCAGAGCUCACAAGGCUCUGGAACAGCAGGGGCUGGACUCACACACUCUCUUUUGAUGGGAGGUGACAUCCAUCAGGCACUGCAGUGAACAGCUCUGAUCCACAGCAAAACAGCUGAACAAUGUACCAGUCACGAGGACCCAGGCAACUCUCCUGACAUGUCAGUCACCCAUGCACUGGUUUCUAAUACAUUCUACCGGCCCUCUGUACUGGAACAGGGUGCUUCUACCUUAGACUGCCCCCUAUGGAUAGUUCUUCAUUUCCUAAGUUGGAAAUCCUCAACGCGCAUUCCUGACUUCAAUGCACUUUUUUAUAUUAGAUAUGUAAACUUGAAUUUUGUAAAUAGGCAUUGUAUCUUUUGUUAUGCCAUACACAAAUUGAACUGUCUGUUUUUUGUAGUACUCAAGCAAGGAUUGUGGCAUUACCGUGUAACUAUAGGAAAUUGUCGUGCUUUCAUGACGGAUGUCUGAAAUCCUCUCACAUGCUUUGCACCACAACAAAUAACCUUAGAAAGGGUAUGCAUAUUGUACAGUAGUUUCAGAAAUUCAGUUAUGCUGUCAAUGAUUUGCAGAGGAAACCAUGAAGACAUGAUGAGACAAAAAGAAGUUUUGCUGAUAAGGUUUGGAUGUGCUAAUAUAUGUAAAGGGGACUAAAGUAUGUAUAAAUCACAACAUUAAAAUGAUUUGAUUGUAAUUAUUUCACUGUGUUCCUAGAUUCACUAAGGGUGGGAAUUUUUAAGAUAGUUCAUGUAAUUUAGAAGCCAUAGGGUUUACCGUAUUUUCUUUUUAUCUCCUUGGAGAUGAUGUACAAAAUUAAAACAACUCCUUUGCCAACUCAGCAGUCCAAUAUCAAACAUGUUUUUUAAAAACAUUUUAAUUCCUGUAUUUU